ACUCCCCUCUUCUUUGCCUGCCCACCAUCGCCGAAUCUUUUUUCUUAACCUUCAUAUCCAUGAAAACUCUCUCAUAUAUUCCACCCAGCAAAACCCUCUAAUAUCACCACCCAAAGUGGCAAACCCACAAAUUCCGAAUCCCACACUCGGACACCGAUGCGAGUCACAUUUUGUGGUCCUUUUUUGAAGCCCUAGUUAAGGAUCGCGUAUAUAGCGAUCCUCUACGCGAUCUUCUCGCCACCACCGACUUCCCUUCGAUCCUUCUCUCUCCGAACCCUAACCCUAAACUAAUCCUCGCCAUGGAUUUCUUCAAAUCCGUGUUUGCCGCCGAUCCCGAUCCCUCCCCCUCCGACUCUCCCCGGCAGAUAUCCCCGCCGGACUCCCCCCGCCGUCCACCUGACGAGGAGGAGGAACGGGGCGGAGAAGCGCCGGCAACCUGUAGUCCUGACCCUAAUUCCCCUACCACCGGCGGCGGCGGCGGCGGUAGCGAAGCGUGGAGCUUCGGGGGGCUGAUCAAGACCAUCGCCUCGAAAAAGGAGCUCCGCUCCUUGAUCGAGACCUACCGCCGGGACCUGGAGGAGUUCGGCUCCGGCCUCAAGAAGGAGACGGCGGCGAUCCGGGAGGCCGCCACCCGCACCGUCCGGGACCUCCCGGGAUCCCUUGAGUCAGGCGCCUCCGUCGCCCAGGAGUCCCUCGAGUCCGUCGGCCAGGCCAUGGACGACAUCGGCGGCUCCGUCUGGCGAGGCACUGCCGAUAUCAUCUCCCAGAGCAAAGAAGCCCUCCUCGCCAUGGAAUCCGACGCUAAUUCCCCCGAUCUCUCCUCCAUUGACAUUGGGACGCAGAACCAGGCCGGUUCUUCGAGGAGGUACAGCCGGUUCGAGGCGCAGGUCCUUGCGAUCCAGUCUGAUCCGAGUACAUUCUCGGAGGAGCCCGAGGAUGCCGAGGAUUUCAAGCAGUGGAGGUUGCGGGUAAAUUUGGCAGAAAAGGAAGAGGAGAUCGAGAAUUUGUGCUAUGAGAAUGGGGCUCUGGAGGGAUUUCUCGGAAAGCUUGUGCCUACCGUCGUGAAUUAUGAUACCUUUUGGAGUCGGUACUACUACAGGGUUCAUAAGCUCAAGCAGGCAGAGGAUGCCAGGGUGAAGCUUGUCAAGAGGGUGAUUUCUAGAGAAGAGGAUGAGGAUGAUUUGAGCUGGGAGGUUGAUGAUGAUGAGGAAGAGGAAGAAAAUAAAGAGGAACAGAACGAAGAUGAGAAAGAGGAAAAGCAAGAUGAAAAAUUGAGAGUGCCUAAAGAAAAAGAAGUUGCUGAAGUAGAAGAAAACAAAGAUGAAGUAGAAAAAGAAACAAAGAAAGAAGACACUACCACCUCAGAAUAGCCAGAGGAGAAGAACGAGGUGUCUCAAGAUGAGAACUUGGGAGCAUCGGCAGCGAUGGCUGAGAGGGAGGCGCCAUCAACUGCAGAGAAGACAGAAAUUGCGGGAUCAAACAGGGAGGAAUUGAACUCCAAGGCAGAUUUGAACUCCAAAGCACAUGAUAACCCAUUGCCAGAAGCAAAAACAGAGAGUGGAGGUUCAUGCAAGGACAGUGAUGUUUCAGUGAUCUCAAGGCCUUCUAUGCCAGAGGAAGAUGAUCUUGGGUGGGAUGAGAUCGAAGAUCUCGGGGAGCAUGAUGAUAAGAAAAUUAGUAAUUCAAGUGGUAGUUCUUUUAAGGUGGAUCUACACAAGAGACUGAGUGCUGCUGAAGAUGAUGAGGAUCUGAGUUGGGAUAUAGAAGAUGAUGAUGAGCCUGCCAACCCUUGAUUCAAGGGCAUAAUAAUGUUGGUAUCAAAUUUAUUAUAUUCCUUUAUGCUUUUAGGUUUCUUGUGCAAAUGUUAGCUGCACUGCCAAUAAAGAUUGCUUGUGUUCAUUUAAUGUGAAUAUUUAUUUGUGUACAUUUAUAUUUCAAGUAGUUUGUUUCUUUUUAUUCACUCUUCAAA